AUACCCCCCUCGUGGGUACGUGCCAAAAUUUGAAGGAAGAAGAACAAGAACAAUUCUGCAUUGCUGUGGUGGGCGCUGGAGUUUUGCAUGAAAGAAGCGAAAACCUAAUAAGGGUUCGGCAUCUACUGUUACUCUGUGAUGUCGUCCUCUGGACUCAUGCUCAGCACGACGUUUGCCGUAGUCGCUGAAGAAUGAGUGUAGGCUUUUCAUCCAAGCCCAACUCCUGCAUGCAUGCAACUACCCUGCUUCUUGCGGCCUUUUUCUGCUAUACAGUACAAAGUUUCAAGCCAGAUCCUGGUCACUUCAACACACCGCAUGAAGCCAUCGAGUAUGUUGCAUGGAAAGCUUUAAAGGAUGGCAAGCCUUCGUGUGUUACAGUUCAUCCCUUAGGAGUCAGCCUAUUCUGCAUCAUGGGGGAGUGUAUCCAGGAUGGGAAUGGAAGCUCUUACUGCAAAUGCAGCCAAUACUUUACAGGCCUCACAUGUUCAGUCUACAAGGGCAAGUGCGCAUCAGAAAGCAUCUGUAGUCCUCACUUGUGCCAGGACAACCCCAACAAAAUUAGCUUGUACGAGUGUGUGUGCAAGCCCGGCUACCAUGUUCCCGACAGCCCAGCAUUUUCUCACUGCAUGCCAGACAGUAUCCUCAGCAGUGCUAUGGGGGAGAAAUACAGCGAAAGCUCAACCAAUGCAACCACACUGCCAUCCACAGUGGCUCCCGAUGAACAGCUUGCAGAAACAAGCAUGCUUUUGAACAUCUCUGAGGACAACACCAGAACUUCUGCAAACCCCGUCACAACAGAAAGCAAUGCCUCUCAACCAGCAUUGAAGUGCAGAAGCUCAGGAUUUAACAUGCACUUUAUUCAGCAAGACGAAGAAAACAAGACAGCAGAUGUUUUCACAAGAGCAUUCCAAAAUGAUACUGGGCAAGAUGAGCCAUCUGAAACCACAAGAGCUGUAGAGACCAACAGCCAUAGUACAGUCCUUAAAAAUCAGCAGUACCCUGCAGCUUACAGUAUUGAUGAUCGAGACAAAACCAAGGAAGAAACAGAAAAGAAUGCAACAAAAUCUCAUGUGGGUCUCAACAGUGUACCUGUUACAGUAGCAUUAUCAGACUACUACGGAUCCCUAGUGUCUGAACCUCGGCAGCACAGCAAACGAGGAGUGAAGCUGCAAGUACCUGUUAUACAGAGAAGGUGUGCUUCAACUUUCCAGAGGGAACAAGAUGGGACAUUUGAAACUCAACUAACUCUAGAUGACCUGACAACUUAUAAAGCUGACAGUGAACAAGGAGGUGUUGACAAGUAUCACAUGCCUAUCAGCAGCCAUCCAGGUGACCAAGUAACAGAGCUUGAACAUAUAAUGAGCAGUACUGCAGUUCCUCUGCAGCCUCUUCAGAAGGAAUCUUUGAAUGAAGAUGGUGAAGACUAUGAAGUCACUCAGUUCAGGAAAAGGCUUCUGAAGAUGGCAGCUGCCAAGCUUUUUAGGAAUGAAGGGAAUAAUGACAAUUUAUUGCUCAGACCUGCUGCCUAUUUAGCUGCCAGUGAAACAAAACGAAAGCAAGCUAGAAAGAGUUACAUGAGACAUAAACAACUACCUGUUGAAGCCCAGGAUGACAUUAUUGAUAGCUUGAAGCAUGCAGUAGAGGUUGAUGAGUACAGAAAGACAAACAGUACCAGUAAACCUGGUCAUGACAGUGAAAUGACAGAAAGAACUAUCAUGGUGCCUGAGAGGAGAAAACGCAGAAAGUCAAGUCUUCUGCAAGAAAACGGUGCUGUAGAUAAAGCCAGCACAGAACAGAAACAACUGGCUGUAAGUUCAGUAAUAGCUUCUGAGAAGAGAAAGGAGAUGUCUAAGAUAAUGCAACAGCACAAAUCAUUUGGGUAUGUCGGACAUUUUUCUGAGAAGAAUCAACCGCAAGAAGCCAUGAGACCUGGUGAAAACCAUGAAAGAAAAAUUAGCAACUUGCAGAAAUACGAGCUAAUGCCUGUUGGGUCAGUCAGACAAAAUUUUUCUGAGAGUAAUUAUCUGCAAGAAGCCACAUACAGACCAGGUAAAAACUAUGAAAUAAAAAUUGGGAACUUGCAGAAAUACAAUGUAAUGCCUGUCAUGAACUGGACAGAAAACACACUCUCACAGAACAGAGAUAAAAUGACCCAUAUGAUAAGUGAUGCAAUAAGCUGGAAGAACGAAAAGCUUGGGGUUCAUUCCAUUUUACCUGAUGCUGGCGCCAAGUGGGUGCAUAAAUUUCAAGAGCUAGAAGUGCAACAUCAAGUUACAAGCACUACAAAAGAUCAGCUGUCAACAUGCUGUAAUAAUUCAUCAAUGCUUACGUCAGAUUCAAGGUCCAAAACUUCUCUUGCAAUGAAACAAUCCUUUUUGGACAAAAGUAUUCACUGGAAUAUUUCGAAAUUUAUUAAGAACCAGACAGAGCUCAGCCAUAAGUCGCACUUGUUACGUGUACAAGAUAACGUUAUGGUUAAAGACGCCAAAACAAAUGACAAGGUCACUCCAAAGCAUCAGAAAACAAAAGGUAAUCAUUUUACAGGCAAAAAUCCAAUGCUGUUCUUCAAUGUAACAGUUUUAAAUGAUGGUGGCAGGAACAAAUCAUCUGCUUCGUACCUCGUUCCUUUUGCUGGGAGCGGAGCCAUUAUGAUGUCAUGGGGCAUAUACAAUGACAGCUCCUCAUGACAAAUACUAGUUUGUUUCUACUGGCAAAGCUUUAUGUGUACCACAAAAAACAACUAGACAGUGCACCAUACCCAUCAGCCUGGUGUUUUACUAGUGUGGACUAGCAAGUGGACCUCUGUGGCUAAGCAGUGACUUGUAAUGGAAAUUAUUGCAUGUGGUGCCACUUACACACAUGAUAUUCGAACAGUGUUGGUAGAGCUUAUCUUGCAGUGCUUUUUUUUUUGGCUCCAACUACUUGAAAAGCAUGUCACCAUUAAGAUUGAGCAGCAAGUGUACUAACUCAGUCUUUAUAAACUGUUCAGGCUUGCCGCGGUGGGUGAUUGUGUGAAAAGUGUAGUCUGAACAGAUGCAGUGACUGUUGAAACAGCGCCUCUCAUAAAUUAGCAUUAUUUGCUGCGCCUUAAAUUGAUUUGGUUAUCUGCAUUCUGGAUAAAUGUGUGUUCUUACAGCAAUGCAGGAAUUUAACUGCAUUCUGGAUUACAGUGUGUUCCUACAGUAAUGCAGGAUUCUUCCAGUACUACAUAACCUUAACAUACCGAAUUGGCAGGAAAAAUACAGUAACCAUUUUGAUGGUGCAGCAAUUAUGCCAGUGAUACUAAGAAAUGAAAUGUCCUUUCAUCGCUUCAAAAUUUUACUUUGGUAGAGACGUCUGGUAAGACAGUGUUCUUUUUUUUAUAACCACUAAAAACAAUUAAAGCUAAAGCAAUGAUAAAAACAUUCUGCUACAGCAGUGGUAUACCCCAGUUUAAUGUUUUUACUUCCAGUAAAACAGGUCUGAUUGCAAAACCAAAGGCAGGAAUGAUUCUCACUUUAAAUACACACACACAAAAAAAAGGUUUCGCAAAUGCUGAAAGCAGAAAAAAAAAAUCAUGGCAUUAGUGUCAAAAAAGUUCUUCACUGGAACUUGUGACAACACGAAUCUGGAUGACAGAAAUUUGCAAUUUUGGCGAGUAAUCGAACAAGGAAUGCCGGUUUAACCCACUAGCGCCCAGCGUACUUUUAAAAGUACAGUGCCACUUUUUUCAUUUAUAAACAAUUAACAAAGAAACAUGCUGUGUUCCUCAGUAUGCCAUUCUGCUAAGAAGGGUCCUGCCAAGAUGACCACAUUGUAGUUUUUCAUCAGCUACAAGAUGUAUUUGAUCUAUUCAUCACCAAACUUGGAGAAAUGCUGAACAUAGCAGGUGCUGCUGUACAUGCAUCUUCUUUAUUUUUUGUCAAGCAUGACAUAUAUAUGCUCCUCAAAGAUGAAGUUUGCGUGUAAGUUGUAGAAAAGAAUGGCGUAAACAAUGAAUUCAUGACAUUUCAUAUAAAAUACAUAUUUAUAGCAUCGCAAGAAAAUGAAUGCAGGUGUACUUUGUAAAAUACAAUGGGUCUAUGUGUA